AGGUUUAGCGCUGCUCUUUCACCAUGGAUCUUUGGCUGAGUUCUCUCAAAAGGAAUGCGCUCAAGCUCUUGAUCACUGAGAUCGACUCCGUCUUCCUGGAAUCGGGUUUCGUCCUUUACAAACCCCGACCUGAAAAGUCCCCCGAUUGGCACGAUUCCGACCACAAUUCCACCAUCUCCGUCUCUUACACCCUUCCUGCCCUCCUCCUCGAUAACAAUGACCAGAUGGAGGAGAAAGUACCGCCAUUGGUACAAGUCAAAUUCCAGCCUCUAUGUAGCUUCCUGGUGAUCUGCGGCUCGCUGGCCCGAGACGGUUCGCUUCCGCGCAUGUUCUGCUUCAACAAGACCGGAGAAUUCGCGUCGGUUAUCACCAACGGAGGCGUAUUGGGGUUUCGGAGAAGGAUCAAGGACGAGCUCUGUUUCCCCUUGCUGAUCGACAUCGCGGAGGAGGCAGGGCUGCCCGGGCCCAACUGCUUCUCCACCCUCCCGAGCGAGCUCAAGCUCGGGAUCAUGGCCCUGCUGCCGGCGAAGGACGCGGCGAGGAUGGAAUGCGUGUGCUCCAGCCUCCGGAGCCUGUGCUCGUCCUCUUCCAGCAACCAGCAGUGGGAGGCCAGAUACCGCGAGGUGUUCGGGAAGGUUCAGGUGGGGGAAGCCCUGUCGAGUUCAUCGGUGAAGAAGAAUUGGAGGGAGCUGUUCGUCAGGAGGGUGGAGAAGAGGAAGGUGGGAGAGGCGUACGGGAUCCCGAUCAGAGAGAAAGCGAAGAAGAUUCGCUUUAUCAAUGUGGCGUCUCUGAGAGAGCACGCCAGGAAUUUAGGUUUGGGUCACUGGUAAGGUAAGACAUUGUCUUUGCACCGAGAAGCCUACUAUGGAGGUGGGAUGAAGAGAGGAAUUAGGGUCUUUUGGCUGGUUUCUUCGUGUCUUCUUCAAUUGCAGUAGCCUGUGGUUAAUUUUUACAGUUCUGGUGUGUCCUUGGUUAACUCUGGCUCUUUUCUCUGUGUUCUUGUUGUCUUAGCUGCGUCCAAUAGUUGGGUCAAAGAUGGCUUCUGAGUUCUGAGUGACUACUUUUGGUUUAG